AUGACCAGCACGGUGAAUUCGUAUAUUAGUCAGAUGAAUGAGUUGAACAUCGAACAGAUUCAUCGCGAUGCUGAAAAUAAACUCGCGUAUUGGCGGAACGACUCUCACCGAAGAAUUAAUGAAUUUUAUCAAGAAAAACUCGAAGAAUUACAAAAUUAUAUCACGGAAGUGAAAGCGCUGUAUGAAACGAAGAUGAGAACUAUUGGAAAUUACUUAAAUCAACUGGCAAAUCAACAAGAUAUGAGUGAAGAAGACUCACGUUUGUUUAUUCAUUCCACAAAUCAAGCGAUCCAACAAACUUUAGAGGAAUUAAAACAAAUCUGUGUCCAAAUCAAUCCUCAUCCAAUAAUCAUCGACGAAAGUGAAAUUUGUAUUGGGAAAAACUUCAGUCUAAAAAAACUUGCCCGUUGUUCUUCCCAAAUUCCCUACACCGAGUCCAGUUCCGCAGCGAUUGCGACUAACAAUGAAUUCAUACUAUUACACCAGCAUCCAAAUCUUUGUUUAUUCAAUCGAUCGGCUCAACUAAUCAGACAAUGCCUCUGGACAGACGAAUGGAUUCGCGAUAUGUGUUGGUCAACAACAUUGCAACUGUUUUUCAUCAUCACUUCAUCAAAAGUUUUCUUCGCCGAUGAACAGAUCAUGUCGAUCGGAACAGUUGACAAUUUCUGUAGACAAACAUGGUUUUCAUGCACUUGUUCGGAUAGAUCGCUUUAUUUAUCGACGUACGAAUGGGGCUCAUCGAUCUUUGAAUUUAAUCUUCAACAACUACCGGCGCUUGAUCAUCAAUGGAAACCGCCCAUGACGUGCAAACCAUCAGAAGGCAUUAACGAUAUUCAAUACAGUAAUGAAACUUUGGCGUUGAUGGUCAAAGACGGUCAAGCACAUGAACGAUAUUUAGUUGUUAAAUCGAUUCGAACAUUCGACACGAUUUGGUCAUUUUCAUUGGGAAGCUCAACGAAUAUUCGUUUGAUGACGUGUUGUCCUUUGAAAAAUAAUGAAUGGCUUGUCGUGGAUGGUGCUCAACUACAAAUUUAUCAUAUAACCGGACGUGGAAAAAAUGUCGAGAAAAUUCAUUUUGAGUCAGCACCUUAUCGUGCGAGUUUUCUAGGUUCGUCGAUGUUAGUCGUGGCAUCUGAAUUAAGCCUAAAUUCCUAUUCUAUUUGGUUUUAA